GAUUUCACCAAAUUCUAUUUGCAUAUAUACAGCAUAUCGUGAACAACUGGAGGAAAUGAUGUCAUCCUCACAAAACUACAUCGUUUCGGCUACUCGAAUCCGGCCGUAUGUGCGAUCGAAGAACCCUAGACUAAGGUGGAGCGAGGAGCUUCACAAAUCUUUUGUUCUUGCAGUUGAGCGUCUCGGCGGAGAAGAUCGAGCUACACCAAAGAUGAUACUGCAACUGAUGGAUGUUAAAGGAGUUACCAUCUCUCAUGUAAAGAGUCACCUUCAGAUGUACAGGAGCAUGAAGCAUGAACAGAUGAUUCACGGUAUGUAGCCUCGAACAUACACCCAGAUUAUAUGGAUCUGUGACCUCAGUCU